AUGUUCGCUUCGCGGUUCCUAUCCACUUUCGAGACACAGGUGGUGGGUUGGCAGAAGACGCUGGCCAACAUCAGCGAGACGACGAACCUCUUGGGCGAGGUACUGCGAACGUGGGAUUUCUUGGAGAACUUGUUCAUCCAUUCCGAAGAAGUGAAGAAGGAGUUGCCGGAUGAGUCAGAGCGUUUCCUCGAAAUAGACGACGAUGUGAAGCAGCUACUCCGUCGAGGCUUUGAGGCCCGGUUUGCUAAAGUCUUUUGUGCCGACCCAAGCAUCUACCAGGUCUUGGAGAAAACGCAAACUCAGCUCUCCAUGUGCGAGAAGGCGCUCAACGAAUUCAUGGAUGGCAAGCGUCAAGCAUUCCCGCGAUUCUACUUCAUGUCUUCGGCGAACCUGCUGGAUGUUCUCAGCAACGGGAACAACCCUGCACGGGUCGUGCCUCAGUUCCCGAAGUUCUUCAACGCCAUUGAGAAGUAUGACUUGGAGUACCCGGACGGUCCCGGGACCCGACCGGUCGCGACCGGUAUGCAUGCCUGCAUCGGCAAGGAGUUCGUCCCCUUUCCAGAACCGCUGCCCCUCAACGGGAAGGUCGAAGUAUACUUGGAGCGCUGCAUCGAGGCCUUCCGUGGAGCUCUCAAGCACUUUGCCAUCAGAGACCUGCGCAGCUAUGCAGAGCAUGAGUGCGAGGCAGACGGCGUUGCCCGUGGCAAGUGGUUGCUGGAAGUGAAGGCGGCACAAGGUGCGCUGCUGGUACAGCUUAUCACAUGGGUCCAGCUGGUCGAAGGUGCUUUUCAGGUUCCACCGGACCCCGACGAUGACGAUGAGGUUGCCGAGGAAGUUGAGACGAAGGUGACGGAGGCUUGGAAGAGACAGCAAGAACUUCUGCUCGACCUGAUCCGCUUGACACAGACGAAUCUUACGAAGCCAGACAGGCAGAAGGUCAUGUGUGCCAUCACGUUAGAUGCCCACAACCGGGACGUUCAGGAGCGGUUGGUCAAGGACAAAGUCACUUCGGCCGACGCUUUCCAGUGGCAGAGCAUGCUGAAGUGCUACUGGGUUCCGGACCCGCCUGGCGAGGGGACGGCACAGAUGCAGAUCUGCGAUGCUCGCAUCUGGUAUGCUUACGAGUACCUGGGAAACGGGCCACGCCUGGUGGUGACACCGUUGACAGACCGCAUCUAUGUCACCGCCACACAGGCUUUGCACCUCAACAUGGGCUGUGCACCUGCAGGGCCAGCAGGUACAGGCAAGACAGAGAGCACCAAGGAUCUGGCAAACGCUUUGGCACGUGCCUGCUAUGUCAUCAAUGCGGCACCGGAAAUGGACUACUUGACCUUGGGCAACAUCUUCAAGGGUCUUGCGGCGAGUGGUUCGUGGGGCUGCUUCGACGAGUUCAACCGGUUGGUGCCCGAAGUUCUCUCCGUCUGCACCGUGCAGUUCAAGGCGGUCUGCGAUGCGCUGAGAAAUCGCCUGGGUCGAUUUUUCCUCCAAGGUGAUGAACUAAACCUGGACAGAGGAGUCGGCGUCUUCAUCACGAUGAACCCGGGUUACCUGGGGCGGUCGGAGCUGCCGGAGGGGUUGAAGGCCUUGUUCAGACCCAUUACCGUCAUGGUGCCGGAUUUCAUGCUCAUCAUGGAAAACAUGUUCAUGUCCGAGGGCUUUCUGGAUGCCAAGAACCUGGCUCUGAAGUUCUCGACCCUGUACGCCCUUAACAAGGACGCCCUGUUUCUCAGCUCAGCACUUCUGGUCUUCUCUGGCCUUGUGACCUUUGCCCUUCCAGGGAUGGAUUUGUGGGAGGCGCUGGCUGUGUGCAAACAGCUUCGGAAUGCUCUGCCCGCAUCCCCGGGUCGAAGGCCACAUGCUGCUUAUGAGCUACUUGCAUCGUCCCGCGAGCACACUCGCAUUGUUCGCAGAUACCCGACGCCUUCCGUCUUCUGGUUGCAGCAGGGCUCUAUGGCGGUGCCGGCACGGCAUGUGCUGCUACCGGACGCCUGGCCUGGGCUUCGGAGCCUGAGACUUAGUCCGGUGGGGCGGUGCCCAGCCGGGCCUCGCCUGCGGAUGACAGCCGAGGUUGCCAUCGUGCUGGUCGGUCUUCUCAACUGGCUGCUAGUGCAUUCUUCUGGGCCACUGACGCACGUGAUCCCUGCGUUGGUCGUGGCAGUGUCCGAGCUGUGCUGGGUGCGGACGAUGCAAAAGGUGCUGGAUGAGUGGUUCGAGAGCUUUGUUGCCCUUAUGUUUUUCUACCUUGGGACGGUCAUGGUCUUUGCGUUCUACCCUGCACUGUUGCGCUUCGGGCCUGAGAUCGUGUCUUCGAGCGCAUCGACCUUUAACUCGGCCGUUUCGGAUGCAGAGGGUUCGGGCAGCGGCAACUCGCUGCCGCGCUUCGGAUCGGAGGACGACCCUUCGGGUCUCUUGGCGCUGACGGGUGUCGUGCCUCUCAUUGCCAUUGUUGUGGGAGUCCCUUUGCUGUCUGUGGUCAUCCUGAUUUACUGCUGGAUGUGCCACCACAUGUCCCGCAUGGUCCUGGAGGUUGUGCUGACCUUCUUCGCGUGGGUCCUUGUGUACGCGUCGUUGGCGUACAUGAAGGUGCCUUUCAAUCGAGACCUUUUUGGGAAGGGCUUGCUGGUCUCGGUCUGCAUCGUAAUGUACUCUGCCUUCGGUCGCCUGGCAACCUUCGAUGCAGACGAGGCGCAGAAGAGAAAGAAGCUCGUGGCAGCUGGCUUCUGGAUAGCACUGCUGACUGAUUUCUGCUUCGGUGCCCAAGAGGCUGAAAUAUGUGUGCCGACGCUGUUUGUCAUGCUUUGUGCAUGCAAGCUUGCUUAUGCGUCCUGCGAGAACUACAUUGACGCCAAUCAAGGCACCGAGUUUGAGCUUUCCUUGCUGUCUCCAUUGCGGCCCUGUCCAAAGAGGCGACAGGCGGACUUGACUUCGGUGGAUCCUGUCCCUCUUCAGGCGGAUGCUUCGGAUGCACCCAGCAGCUCCUACGAGAUGCUGGAGGCCGCAGCAGCCGCGAGGUUCAACACCAGCACUUAG